AUGCGCCUACCGAAAGGCGCAUCGGCCAUUGGCCUGGCAAUGAUGUCCCUUGCCUCCAUGGCCAAUGCCUAUCAAUCUGCUCUACACGCUUGUCCAGCUCCUUGUGAUAGUGUGUCAGGAGACUGGACCGUCUACACAUCGGUCAACCGUCUGCAAUAUUGUAAAGAGCCUAUGCUGUUGGACUUUUCUCUUCACCCGGGCCUUGAUGAAGAAGAUAGAGUGACCAAGCUAUUUGCCUGUACCUCAAACAAUAUGACCAGCAACACUAUCACAUCGGGUGCUCCCUCAGGCGCCCAGAACUCUGCACGUGGCCAUCAUGCCAUUUCUCAUAAACGGUUCCACAACAGAGACAUCCAUUCUACAUGCAUAUCGGGCGAAGAACAGAAGAUCUCAUUAGAUCUGAUUACGGAUUCAGAUCCCGGCUCUGUCUCCGUUAAUGUCCUCCAAACCAUCGUUGAGCGAGUUCAGAAUCAUCUCGGCAAUACGUCCCAUUGUGACACUACCAGUGUUUUUGGCUACUAUAAUGGGGUGGCUGUUGGAGUGUAUGUUGGAUCUGCCAUUGACAAUCCCAAGAGCACCUCAUCUUUAUUCCAGCGCUUCUAUGAGCAAAUACCAAGGGGCCAACAUGCGAAGAGCAUGGUCAUGCAACGCUGUCGGGACGUUUCAAACGCCGACUACACUAUCGGUCUGGCAGUUGAUACCACCGGAGACUUGACCUCUGUGCAAAAGUCUGUCCACUCCUGGAGUAAAGGACAAUGUGCCAGCACCGACGGCGUGAACACCAAAAUCGACGGUGUUCCUGUUCUGGAGAAGGCAAUGGGCCGUGUCCUUAACAGUAACAGCACGGUUGGAGGUGAACACAUCUCCAAACGCAGUGAUUGCCGAACGAUAAACGUCAUAGGGGGAGACACUUGUUCUUCUCUGGCCAAGAAAUGUGGAAUUUCCCCAAAUGACUUCACCAAAUACAAUUCCGCCAAGACCUUGUGCUCUACACUGGCGGCUGGUCAGUCUGUAUGCUGUUCUGCCGGAAGCCUCCCGGAUAUCCGGCCAAAGCCUAAUAAAGAUGGUUCCUGCCACACUUACACGGUGCAGGCACACGAUGUGUGUGACUCUAUUGCGGCUUCUAACGGACUCAAGGCAUCAGACAUCAGCGAUUUCAAUGACAAGACGACGUGGGGCUGGUUUGGCUGUGGUAACCUUCAACUCAAGAGCCUGAUCUGCCUGAGCAAGGGUGACCCCCCAAUGCCAGCGCCAGUGUCCAAUGCACAAUGUGGUCCUAUUGUGGCUGGAACAAAAAAGCCAACCAAUGGAACAGCUCUGGCUGAUCUCAAUCCAUGUCCACUCAACUCCUGUUGCGAUAUUUGGGGCCAGUGCGGCAUUACUCCCGAAUACUGCACAAAUAUCACAGGCCCGACAGGAAAUCCCGGAACCGCACCGAAGUACAAGAAUGGAUGCAUCUCCAACUGUGGCACAAAUAUCACUAAGAGUAGGUAUACACCUGAAACGUUCAUGAAGGUUGGCUACUACGAGACCUGGAACUACGACCGUCCCUGUCUGAAUCUUCGUGUCGCCGACGUUGGUGUCAACGAGUACACUCAUAUUCACUGGGCAUUUGCGGAAAUCACCGAAGACUUUGAUAUCAAAAUCAACGACACUUAUAAUCAGUGGAAGGAUUUCAUUGCCAUGGACCCGGCGAACUCGGGCAAAUUUAUCGACAAUAUUAACAAUUUUGUCAAAAAGAAUGGCCUUAAUGGCAUCGACUUUGACUGGGAAUAUCCUGGAGCCACUGACCUCCCCGGCAUCCCGAAAGGUCUCGCUAGUGAUGGUACCACUUACCUCAACUUCAUCAAGAAGAUGAAGCUCAAUUUCCCAUUCGAUAAGACUGUCUCAAUUGCCGCCCCGGCAUCUUACUGGUAUUUGAAGUCGUUCCUCAUCGAUGAGAUGGCAAAGUCUUUGGACUACAUUGUUUAUAUGACCUAUGAUCUGCACGGCCAAUGGGACUACGGCAAACAAUGGACUCAGGAAGGCUGCCCCCAUGGCGAUUGUCUCCGCAGCCAAGUGAACUUGACUGAGACAAAAUACUCGCUAGCGAUGCUCACGAAAGCCGGAGUGGAUUCAAACAAGGUGUUUGUGGGAGUUCCAACUUACGGACGUUCUUUCGGUAUGACCGAUGAAUCUUGCACGGGUCCCAACUGCCAUUACACCGGAACCAACUCGGUCUCAAAUGCCAAAGAAGGCAGAUGCACGAAGACUGCAGGUAUUAUUGCAAAUGCCGAGAUUAACGAAAUCCUUGCCAUUGGAAACCAGACAAAAGUCUACUAUGAUGCGGGAUCUGAUUCCAAUAUCAUUGUUUGGGACAAUACAUGGGCUUCCUUCAUGGAUGGUGACACUAUGAAAAGCCGCACAAGUUUCUACAAGGACUUCAACUUCGGUGGAACGGUCGAAUGGGCCGUCGAUUUAAAUAAAUUUACCGACGAUGACAACAAUUACGAUGACUCUUGGGAUGAGCCUCCUGUUCCUAAGCUUGCCGCCUGUACAGAAACCUUCCAUAGCAUCGAGGCCUUGGGCAAUGCCAGCAGCACGAUCCCUGAGCAUUGUGUCACGCAGUAUACUUUGCAGACUCUUUCGGACUCGCUUAGUGCUGCCAUGAAAAACUACACCGAUCUUAUGAAUGAUGGAUACGAUGCGAAAUUCAAGAUUUACGCCGACACCGUUGCAGAGAACGCAGGUGCCUCCGUCCAUGACUUCGUCUACCAGAACGGCAACAAGUAUUUCACCUGCAAGGUGGACGAAGACACCAUUUGCUGUGACCAGUGUCAUGCGAAUAAGAAUACCUACAACUGUGACCUUUGCUGGUCAGACAGUGCUUGCUACACGAGUUGUGAUUCCCUUGCCUGUCAACAGAGUCACGGAUUUGGCCACCCAAAGCUAGUUUAUAAGCGGAAGUCAGAGACUGAGCCAUGUCCACCAGACUACUCAAAGCGUUUUCGAAAGGAUCGAGAUCAUCCCGAGAGUGUGCACUGGUCUCUGGAUGAUAGUAAGGCCACCAAAUUCUGGGCUGACCUCUAUACGAACACUGGGAUCAAUCAGUCCCAUAUUCAAUUCGGGCAAUACACUCGUCAGAAAACCUGUGGACCAUCCGUCAAGAGUGACGAUGAUUGUUGGAAGACCGGCUACGACUACAAUAUCCCACUGCCAAAGGGCUACGAUGCGUCUGAAGUGUCGAACCCCAAGGACACGGCCAAGAAGGGUCUUGACAGGGCCGGGUCCUUGAAACCGCAACUCUCCACCGCACUAUUUCAAAUGGCCACGGACACCUGGGUUGGGGACGGUAUGGAUCUCAUUGACUCCAUCUCACUGCCUAUCUUGAUGAUUGUGUCUGCCGUCCAGGAGAUGAGCGCGGUUGAGAAGAUUGCCGAGAAACUCAGCGCGGAAGAAAAGAAGCUCAAAGAAACAGAGAUCAUCGGCGGCUUCCUCACUGCCAUCCUCUUCAUGGUCCCCAUUGCUGGGGAGGUGUUAGGCACAAUUGAGGGAUUGGCUGACGUUGGCCUUGUGCUCAGCAUUGCCGGAACAGCCGCAGAUAUCGGCACCGGUGUCGCCGAUAUUGUGAAAAAUCCCAAUAACGCCGCAUUGGACAUCAUGAACAUUGUCUUUGACGCCGGGUUUUUGGCUGGCGCGACAAAGGCUUCCAAGGCAGCUAAGCUCCGUCGUGAGAUGAAGGAGGCUGACAUUGCAAAACUUGGUGACAAGGUCUCCAGUGGCCUGAAAAGUGUUGACAAACUUACCGGAAAGUGCUCCUGA